AUGUCACUCACCAAUCCAAGCUGCUACAACAAAGAUUUUAUGACUUGCACUGGGAUUUUUGCACAAAACCAGAAUGGCGGGUUGGAAGCUUCCAUCAUGGGCGAUGUCAAAAUCGUUUUGGAUCGCCGUAUCUUCGUCAGUUACUACAGCUGCUCUAAUUCUCGUGACUCAGGCAAGAGUAUCGAGCUUUCUCCGUCGGGUGCUCUUUUAGAUGAUGAAGAAAACAUACGUGAAAGUCAAAUUGAAACAGACUCGAAGAUUCCUUAUGAUGAGGAUCUAAUUCGCGAGCAGCUCGCUCGCAAUUAUGCUUUUUUUGGUGAAGAAGGUAUGGCAAACCUUCGUAACUCUUUUGUUGUAGUCGUAGGUUGUGGUGGUGUUGGUAGCUGGGCAACUGUAAUGUUGGCUCGCUCAGGUGUACAAAAGAUUCGAAUUAUCGAUUUCGACCAAGUUUCUCUUAGUAGUCUAAAUCGCCAUGCUAUUGCUAAUCUUGAGGAUGUGGGAACUCCAAAAACAUUGGCUUUAAAGCGGGCCAUUAAACGUUUUGCCCCAUGGGUUGAAAUCGAGGCUUGUAAUACAUUGUUCAACCCUGAGUCCGCUGAUGAGCUUCUUUCCGGAAGUCCAUCCUUUGUUAUUGAUGCUAUUGACAACAUUCAAACGAAAGUUGAUUUAUUGGCUUAUUGCUACUAUAACCAGAUUCAAGUCAUUGCUUCUACCGGUUCGUCUUGUAAAUCCGAUCCCACUCGUAUGAAUAUUGCUGAUAUUUCCGCUACUUCUGAAGACCCCUUGUCUCGUGCUACUCGCAGAAGGUUAAGACUGAAAGGUGUUAUGGAAGGGAUCCCUGUUGCGUUUUCUUCUGAAAAACCAGAUCCUCGUAAAGCUACCCUGUUGCCCUUAGCUGAAGAAGAGUUUGAGAAGGGAGAUGUCGAUCAAUUAAGUGCUUUGCCAGAAUUUCGCACUCGUAUCCUUCCAGUAAUCGGACCCAUGCCUGGUAUUUUUGGUCUUACUCUUGCUACUCAUGUAUUAACUCGAAUUGCAAAAUAUCCUAUGGACCCUAUUUCCACUCAAGUUCGUCCUCGUCUUUAUGAAGAAGCCGUAAAGCGUCUGCAUGCUGAAGCAAGAAAUGCAAAUGUACGCUUAGAUAAAACUUUUAACGCUUCCGAAAUGUCUUAUAUUAUUGAAGAAGUAUACUGCGGUCGAAGCGCCCUUCUUCCCCAUGAAACUCAAAAAGUAAGCGUGGUGCGAUGGAAUCCUCACUUACCUUUCGAUCAUACAAAUCUUGUAGCUAUGACAAGGGACGAAGCACGUAAGCACGAGACUACUGUUUUGGACGCUCAGGUCGAUCCCUCUACCGUCUAUCCUAAAGAGGUUAUCGACGUUGUAAAUAAGUUCCUACACCGUUUGAAAGUUUGGAAGAUGCUUUAUUAA